AUGACGCGGAUGCUGGACGUGCUGGAGCGGUUCCUCACCUUCCACGGGCACAUCUACCUGCGGCUGGACGGAUCCACGCGGGUGGAACAGCGACAGGCCCUGAUGGAGCGUUUCAACGCCGACAAGCGCAUCUUCUGCUGUGCCACCGCAUCGGGCAGACCCGCGACGUGCACAUCUACAGGUUGAUCUCGGAGCGCACGGUUGAAGAGAACAUCCUCAAGAAGGCGAACCAGAACCUGAUACCUGUCCUUACCUGUCCAUACCUGUCCAUACUUGUCCAUACCUGUCUCAG